AUGCUUCAACAUUUUCGCCCAUCUCCAGGAGUAUUUUCCAUAGUAAGAUCACGUUCGGCUAUAAAGCCUUCAUCAAUUGUAAGAUGCAUCUCAUUGAAGCCAGAUUUUUCAAAAUUUAAAAAGAUAGAACAACCACCAGGCUUUGUUGUUGGUACUGUUAAUGACGCAUAUAAACCACCAGAAGCAUCCUUCUACGAAGGUGGAUACCACUGGACUUACGAGCGCUUUAUUGCUAUCGGUUUAGUACCCUUAUCGAUGACCCCAUUCAUCGCAGGGGUUGAAUAUCCUAUGAUCGACUCAAUUUUUUCCAUAGCUUUAUUAUUUCAUUGCCAUACUGGUUUCAAAUCUUGCAUAAUUGACUAUAUACCUAAAAGAGUCUACGGCAUAUGGUAUGGACUUGCAAGCAAACUAUUAACUUUUGGUACAUUUGUGGGUAUGUACGGGGUCUAUCUCUUAGAAACUGAAGGCAACGGUUUAUUCGAAUUAAUCAAGAAUAUCUGGAACUGUUAG